CUUUGUCCCUGAAGAACUGCUGUAUAAUGUCAAUUUAUUAAAAUUUAGUUUAUAACUGACAAUUUAGUAUAUUAUUAAAUAUGCACUCGCACGCGCUUCAGAAUAAGAGUGAAGAUAAAUUGAGUGUGGAAGAAAAAUGGAACAUAUACGAAAAACAGCACCAUGGACACGAAUCAAUGCAUGCAAAGAUGUUACUUGUUUUAUUAGUAACUGUAUUAGUGGUACAAAUUAUUAUAGUUGAAUGGAAAAAAAUACAUUACAAAUCCUACCAGCUUAUUACCUUAGUUGCCAUGUGGAUUAUUCCAUUUGGAUUAAGUUUAAAAAAUCAUUGGUGGAGGUUUAUAUUUCUUUGGUUGGUAUCAUCCUGUAUAACAGGAUUAGUAGUACGAAAGGCUGUUCAAAAACCUAUAGCAGGUACAACACCAAGAUUGGUGUACAAAUGGUUUCUUUUUAUUUAUAAACUAAGUUACGUGUUGGGUAUUAUAAGUUACAUUAUAUUGUUAGCUACAUUUUUUGGUUUAAAUCUUGUAUUUGAAGUGAAACCUCAAGUGUGGAUGGAUUGUGGUAUGCUUUUGUUGUUUUAUGGUCUUUAUUUCGGAGUAUUAGGGAGAGACGUCGCAGAGAUUUGUGCGGAUAAAAUGGCUUCACAUGUUGGGUAUUAUGUGCCAGGACAUAUGCCAACAAGGACCUUAGAGCCUGGUGUGUGUGCUGUAUGUGGAAACAGACUUUUAGUGUCAGAAAAUGAACCCGGUGUUAUCGAGAAUACAUACAAGCUUAGUUGUGAACACGUGUUCCACGAAUUUUGUAUUAGAGGAUGGUGCAUCGUAGGAAAGCAGCAGACGUGUCCAUAUUGCAAAGAAAAAGUGGAUUUAAAGAAGAUGUUUUGCAAUCCAUGGGAACGACCUCACGUCUUGUACGGUCAGUUACUAGACUGGAUCAGGUGGUCGAUCGCCUGGCAACCGUUAAUUUUGUUUCUUGUUCAAGGUAUCAAUUGGGGCCUAGGCCUCGAGUAAGUAAUAGGGUAUUUGAAUUGCACUUACAUCACCAUUGUGUUUCCGUCAAACUAAUUUAUGUAAACAAACAAGUAUCUGUUUGUAUUUUUCUACGCAACAGUUGCUAUUACAUUUGUUAUUUAUAACAACGAAAUCCAGUCCAAUUUUAAUCAAACGCAAAAUUAGUGUUGCACCGUGUUGAAACAUUUUAUAUGAUCAGAACGAUCUUACGACUUACGAAGUGCUAUCCAUUCUGACUUAUGUAAUAUUUAAUAAUAAUUCUUCCAAAGAAACAUUUUUUACUAUAUGUAUGAAGAUCUUCAUACUGUUACUGAUUUCAUAAAAAAAAAAAAAUAAGUUUUUCAAACGACUAUGUGAUAUUGACUAUAAAUGUGUUCUAAUUUAAAUUCCUAUGCGGUUAUCCGAAUUAACUGAAAUUUAAAAAUAAGAAAAAGAGCAGUAUUAGCAGUAGCAGGAAAAGCAGUUCAGAAUAUUUUAUGGAACCUCAGAGGUACGCUAUGAAUGCUUUGAGUUAUGAAAAAAAGAUUAAUUCGGAUAAUUUGUAUUGAAAUUAUUUAAUGUUCGGCUAUUCGAACUUCGGGUAGAGUCGGAAAUGGUCGAGCGAGAGAGGGGAGGUCGCGAAAGUAUCUUGCUAUGUAUAAAUGUUGGAGAUUUAUGAAGAAUUUGCACACAUUGGCGUGACCAAAGUCGGAUUUCAUAAUUUCAAAAUUAAAAAAUCUCAAAACAUCAGAUAUCCAAAGUUACAGAAUUUCGAAAUAAAAAAAUUUCAAAUUUCUUAAAUCCAAAAUAUCCAAAAUUCAACUUUUGUACCCUCUUCGAUUUUUCCUUCUCUUUUUUCCAGUACUUUCUCUGUUCAGGUGAAUAUAAAUGGAGAGCUUCCCGAAGGCACAUGACUUGAAAUCUUUCUAAUUAACGCCAGCUUAGAGCCGACUUUCCGAAUGGACCCAAACUCUUAGUUCGCUACCCGCAAAAAUAUCCUGAAUUGAUUGAGAAUGAUAGGAACGUAGCAUAUUUACUAUUUCUUUUAUCAUUCCGCUUCCUUGUUAAAGCUAGUCGAUUUAAGUUUGCAGUUAAGUAGUACCUUAUAUUUAUUUUCAUUCCGGAGAAGCAAUUUUAUUAUAGAUUUUAGUAGGCAGAUUAGGUUUAAAAGUAAUAUCGAAGCAGCAGAUCUUUCAAUCUUUUUGGGUGCAUUGUAAGGAGCGUUAAACUUGUUCUAAUAGCAAAGCAUGAAAAAUUAGAAUAUAUUGUCACUACAUGACAGCAAAAUAGUGGCGUAACUGCGGAGGGGGCAGGGUAAAACUGGCCCCGCAAAAAUAUGAACUGGUCCUUUCGCCAUUCUGAAGUUCCACAACUUCAAAAUUUCAAGAUUUAAAAAAAUUCAGAAAUCCAUAAUUUGAGAAUUUCAAAAUCCCAAAACCCCAAAUUUUAGAAUUUGACAUUUUCAGAUUUCCAAAAUUCCGAUCAGUUCAAAAUUCACUUUCCUAAAAAUGAUAAAAUCCCAAAAUUUCAACAUUGCUAAGGGAUGACCUACUCUCCAAAAAUCCUAGUUACGUCACUUUAAAAGCUCGUGAAAAAGGAAAAUGUGUACGAAUAUUCUGCUACUGUAAAAUAAUGUACAAAAGGACUUGAAGGUUGGAUCGUAUAACGAUCAGAUUUUCAUAUCUUACAUUGUUUCAUAAUUCCUUUUGUCGAAGCAUUGUAAAUAUUAGAAAUUGUAAAAUUUCAGACACGAGAAACAUUGUUCCGUAAUAAAUGAUGUACAAAAAGAUACCAA